AUGUCUUUCGGACUCUCAUCUGACUUUGGAUUGGGUAAUAAUGGAGUUAGAAUUUCCAUAAAUUUUUUUGAUGGAAUUAUCGAACAAAGCCUUUUGAGCGCUUUGGGCUCAGUUGAUCUUCAGUUGAUCUUCAAACUGCUACUUAAAAGAGACGAAACUACCAAGGACAAAGCAUUAUGCGACCUACAAAGUUUGCUAGACGAUCCGGAGAGCAAGUAUCUCUUCGAAGACGAAUGCUUCGCGUUAUGCUGGUCUCAAAUAUACGCUAAGCUAAUAACGAGCGAGUCUAGAAGCAUUCGGAUCACCGCACACACAAUUACAACAAGACUCAUCAAGCUUCUCGGUAAAAAAAGCGCCAGAUUUUUGAAGGACUUUGUGCCCUUCCUUUUGGCUGGAACGUAUGAUUUUGACGCAUCUGUAGGAAAAGCAUGCUACAAGAGUAUACUCCAGUGCUUCGGUGAGGAUCCUGCCAAAGUCGGUGCUCUUUGGAAGCUGUUUAGAGUACAAAUUUUGAAAUUCGUGACAGAAGUGAUAGUGGUCGAAAAUCCAGGGCUGCUUUCAGAUGAACGUUACGUCUCUAAACAAGACUCGGAAUUUAGAUACAUUCGCAUUGCUACAUGUGCUGUAUGUGUUCUAAUUCGCUUAAUAAAGGAAAACCCAGAGGAAAUUUCAUCGAAGGAGAACACUUAUCAAGAGCUUUUGGCGAGCGAAGAGUUAUGGAAUUUACUAUCUUUCAAAAAUGUUCACAAUCUUAAAAUCUGCGAAGCCUUGCUGGUCUUGAUAGGAGUCUUGUGGGACGAAGGUUUCUUGGAGUCAACGAAAGAUAUUCUCAAGCUUGUUUCAAAGAGACUACUCAAAGCCGUGGGACAUUUAUCUAAGAAAAACGUCCUUAACAUUUCGCCUCUGUUUCCACAGAUUCUAUCUCAACUUCUGCGCCUGACGGAAUACAGAGAUGGAAAGUUUUUAUCUUGGGAUAAAACCGCUCGAGAUAAAAUAAAAGCUUUCUUAUCAUUGGGGCCUGGUAACUCGGACUCAACAUACUACGGCUUGUUAUUAUGCCUAUACGAGAAAUCCAACCAUGCUUUACUGUUUGAUUACAACAUGGACUGGCUAAAAUACUGGAGAAAUGACUUGGUUUACGAAAAACAACGGCGUGGAGUACCAGCUAAAACCCAGGCCAUGUUAAUUGAAUUUUGGAAUAACUAUCUUAAGUUUAUUUCUCAAGCGCCAAACGAUUUCCGAGAUGAAGCCGCAAUGCUCGCAACAAAUGAUAUUUUCGCAACACUUGACGAGAAACCGUUCAGCUUGUUUGAUGGUACAAUAGAACUUUUUGCGGAUACGUUAUCUUUCGAACAUUUGGAAAAAGAGAUUCAAGAGCUUUUACCAGCAGGAGUGAACGAAAAACAUAAAGACGCCCGGUAUAUCCAUAAUCUUUUUAGCGCUUCCUUUCAGAAGAAGGACAAUAAUCCAUUUUUGGAAAAAAUGUCAAAACUAAUGGUCACAUCUUUGCGGGAAUACCACUUUCAAGAAUUGCAUUGUGGCUAUGAUUUUUUUAAUCGAAUUAUCAAGUCAAAAGAUUCACAAUUACAAAAGGAAGCCAUUACAUUUUUGGAGGUAUUAUCAAAAUAUGUCACCACAGAACUUUUUAAUGCCCCAUCCCAGAUUUUUAUUAACUUUUCCCAUCAUGUGCCUUUGCGUGGUGAUGAUAACGCGUACAUUUUAAGAGUGUUUGGCGAUUUGGUCGAACGUUUGAUAAAACUUGAUGUAUCUCAGAACACAAAACUAAAAAUCUUCGACCAAAUUGAAGAUAGCUACAUCGAGGAAUUGGCAAAAUCCUCAGAAAGUCUUCAAGCCUUCAGAGCUGAUAUUGUGAGAAACUUUGAUUUCUCAAAUGAUGAUCUCUUUAAAAGUAAGCUUAUGAAUGAGAAGAGUCUUCUACAGUUAUACGAACAAGCACUUGACCAAUCGAAACUAGAAGCUUUUUGCCUUGGUUGCAAUGCUUUUCAACCUAAACUUUACGAGCAUCUUUUGCUUAAUAGUGAUUUGUUAGUCCAUAUCUUGUUUGAAGAUUAUGGGACUGUUACAUCUGAAUUGAGACUCAGAGUGCUACAGCUGGCCGAGGAACAAGAUGAAAUAGCCUUCAAGGUGGGAAGGGCAGCCUUGGGGCAUAUAGAAAAAUCCCCAGAUUACUUGAGUAGCGACGUCUUGAACUAUUUGGAGACAUUAUUGCAAUCAAAUGGUAAGCUAAUAGACAUUUUGCUCCCUAACAACAUCUACAGAAAAUUGGAAGAAGCUGUUCCUUUUGUUAGUUAUGAAAUGGCAUUGAGUAGCACGCUAGGUCUCAACGUACACUUAUUGAACACGUCCAACAGCAACAUUGCUUUAUCUUCAGUGCAACCACUCAUAAGAUUCGGGAGAUUUUUAGAUGCUCUUAUGGUUAAAUUGCCUCAGUAUUUGGACGAGAAAGUCGUACUUUUCCUAACGAUGAUCAGCGAGCUUGCAUCAGAUUUCGAAUACUUCGGUAAACUGCCAUCCAAUGAGUACAAAAGCUUUGAAUGUGUUUUGUUCAAAGAUCGUCAGUAUGACAUUGAUGCAUCAACCAUAUUUCAGUCUCUUAUCGACCCUAAGAGCUCUUCUUUGAAACUUUUACAGCUACUUACCACCACAGAAGAUAUGAGCGCAGUCUCUGUCCUCUUCAACUGUCGGAUCUUGAAGAAGAUUUUGGCAAAUGCAAUAGAUUGCUCAUCGCCAUCAGUGAUAGAAAAUUCAGGUAUUGAGGGUUUCUUGUUGAAAACAGUACGGAACAAAGCGGUCUCCGACGGUGAGCUCAUGAUAGCAGCGACAGUUCUUUCCUCAAUCACCAGGUACAAUACUUGUGAGUCUUUGUCAAAAACGAGGAAUUAUCUAGCCUCGGAGUUGAUUGGCACUCGAGAUUCCGAUUUGAUCGAAAAAACCCCGAAAAUAAUGAUAUUGCUAAACAACAUGCUGCAGCUUGAAACAGAUUCUGAUGUAAGCGAUAGCUUCCACGCGAUAGCUCCUCAGCGUCUCAAAAUGAUCUUAAAUGAUAUUGAAAGAUGGUUUGGUAGUGACUUGUGGUAUGAGGACUCUUCUUCGUUGCUAAGACUUGCUCUCUUGGUCUUUUUUAGGUCUUUGUUAGAACAUCCGUCGUCUUCGGUUUUAGCAACCACAAUCAUGGGUCAUUGUGGUCGACUCGUAGUGGAUUGCUCUGAUGUAAUUAGCAUUGGAGAAGCUUCUUAUCUCACUGAAUUGAAGAUGUGCACUAUAAACCUGUAUGCUCAAAUGACCAAUAAACUGGCUACUGAGUCCCUUGGGUUGACUAUUGAUUCAUUGAAAAAUGGAGAAGCGUUGCUGCAUAGUGUAAUUGAGACUUUCCUCAUAGCCCCCGACCGCCAAUUGGCUAAUUACCAAACAUUUGUUUUCUAUAGACAGUUGACAAAGGCCUUAAGCAGUUCUCCCCCCAAGGCCUUCACGCCCUACUUCGGGAAACUUGUGGAGAAUUUUACGACGUCUCUUGAUUUGAAUAUAGACCAGGUAAGGCUGAUUAUUUCAAUUUUAAGGACCGCAAUUCUAGUUAAGCAACAAGAGUUGUUGAUAGAGUUUGAACUAAACAAUCAUAACAAGGACUUGGAAGAGGCAGAAUUACAAAGAUUCCAAUUACCAACAAGCUUACUCGACAGUUUGGAGAAUAAUGCUCCAUUAGAGUAUCUCGAAUACGAGAAUGAGGACCGAUUUUUGAAGUACUUGUGGUCUUGUUAUCUUGUUGUGUCUUACUUCAACGACAUUUCCUACAAUCUAAGACAAUUGUACAUUACACAACUGAAGGAUCGAGAUCUUAUCAACAAGCUUUUCGACUUUAUUGCGGAUCAAUUGGACCUAAACGACAAUACUUGGGUUCCAGCGGAUGAUGAUUCUGUAUUGAACUAUAACAUCAAUGGGCUCGGGCUAUCAUCAACUCGUGAAACAGUUCUGCAUGAAAGCAAAAAACUUCUAUUACACUUGUUGUACCUCCUUUUCAAAAACAUGGGCUCGAUAACAAGCUCAUGGUGGCUCAAUCUGAAAGACCGAGCACUGCAACUUAAGAUCGAAAAAUUCGUAACCUCGCACAUUUCGCCAAUUUUGAUUAGGCAGGAACUCGAAGAUGUGGGGAGAAGGGUGAAGAAGCUGACAGAUCAAGAUGCUAGUCUAACAAUUAAGGUAAACAACAUCAGUAACGAGAUCAAAGCCGGAUAUCUUGUUGACGAACAGAAACUUGAAAUUUCCCUGAAACUACCCUCCAACUACCCUCUCAACAACAUUGAAGUCCACGGCGUGUCUAGAGUAGGAAUCAAUGAGCAAAAAUGGAAGACAUGGAUCUUGUCUGCUCAGCGGGUAAUUAUUGGAAUGAACGGUUCCGUAAUGGAUUCACUAGAGCUUUUCACCAAGAACGUGAAUUUACACUUUUCGGGCUUCGAAGAAUGUGCUAUCUGUUAUUCUAUUUUGCAUGCUGUUGAUCGCAAGCUGCCCACUAAGGUGUGUCCAACUUGUAACAAUAGGUUCCACGGCGCCUGUCUUUACAAAUGGUUUCGAUCUUCUGGUAACAACACAUGCCCAUUGUGUCGUAGCGAAAUUCCUUUCAGAAGAUGA